GAAAAAAACUUGAAAUAAAAUACACUAAAUUAAACAAAUAAAAAACAAACAACAAUCCAUCAUUUCCCUCUCUUAAAAAGUCCAAACCUAAACAAAAUUACCAAAAAAAAAAACCCUCCAUUGAUUAUCAAAUCUCAAUGCCUUGUUCUUCUUCUUCUUCCAAUAUUUCUCACAUGGUUUCAACUUUUCUCCUUCUCCUCCUCUUAAUCCCAUCUCUAAAAAUCAUCAUCAAUGGCUUCAACUCCCUAUCCACUUUAGCAAUUUGCCUAUUCUUAAAGGCCCCACCUUGUCUUAUUCUUUCCUUUCUAAAGGCCAUUAAACUCCCUGCCGAGGCCUUUUUGAGUGCAUUUCAAAGCCUUGGUGAAGCUUUGAAGUCUAUUUUUGUUAGCACAAUUGAGAUGGGGUUUGGAAUUAUAAGCUCUUUUGUAAUGGGUGUGUUGGAGGCUGUGAUGAAUGUGGUUUUUGGGUCUUUUGUUGAGUCAAGUGCUUCUGCCUUUGGAGGGCUUUUGGAGAAUACUAAAGGUUCUUGGGAAGGGUUUAAUUUGUUUGAACAAGUGAGGGGGAUUAUUGAAAGCUUUUGUGAGUUUGUUCUUCAACAAGUUUGGGAAAUUGCAACUUCUUUUGCAGGUGGGAUGUUCGAGUUCACGAUGACGAAUAUGUCUACGAUGUUUAACGAACCUGGUUCAGUCAUAGGAGGACUAGUGGAGACGUUGAAGGGAUCAUUAAUGGAUGGGGUUGGUUCAUGGAUGGAAGGAGUUCAAGGUAUUGUUGAGAGGUUAAUAGAGAAGAUGGUGAAUACGAGUUCUGAAGUGGCGAACUCUUCAACAUAUGGUUUGUUUGAGAUUGUGAAAACAGUGUUUAAUUUGGUGGUUGAUUCGGGUUAUAGUGUUGGAGGGUUAGUAGAGAAGACACGAACUGGAUUGGAGAUUCUAAAAAUGGAAAAGCUUCGAGGGAUUAUUGUGAACAUUGCUAAGAUAAGUGUGAAUAUGGUUAUUAAUUAUUUAUUUGGUUAAAAUCUUCCAUAUUGUUCUUUUCAUUA